AUGUCGCGAAGGCGCGUCUCCGCCAGCCCGGAGCUGAGCUGGCGACAGGAUCAGGCGCUGGGCACCACCAUGCGUAUCGUGCGGGAACUGGGCCCCACCGCUUUCGUCCUGCAGGAGGAAGACCGGAGGGCGGCGGAGCUCAGGGUUUCCCUGGGGAACCCUCAUUCAUGCAGCUGCUCAGUAUUUCUGAAAGAGAAGGACCUUUGUAAACAUAUCUGCUGGUUAUUACUAAAAAAGUUCAAACUUCCAAGAGACCAUGAAUAUGCUUUACAAAUUGGUCUAUUAGAACGAGAAAUUAACCAUCUGCUUCAGAUUCCACAACUUGCUUCCCAAGUAAAAGUAAUUGCCCAUUCUCUUAAUGAAUUGAAAACAGUUGAUGAUGGGUAUGUUAAACAGAAAAGUAUUGAUAAUGAUGACAUAUGUCCUGUUUGCCAGGAUACGCUACUCAAAAAAAUGCUUCCUGUCACUUAUUGCAGGUUUGGUUGUGGGAACAACAUACAUAUAGUGUGUAUGAAAAUUUGGAUUGAUCAUCAGCGGGAUUUAGAGAAAAAUUCUUUAGUGAAAUGCCCUCUGUGCAGGGAAAAUUUUGCACCACUGAAGCUUAUCUUGGAAGAAUUCAGAAACUGCAAAAAACUUGUGACUUCAGCAGAAAAACAAAGCCUUAACAAACACCUUGGAAUCCCUUGCAAUAAUUGCAGAGUACUACCCAUUGAGGGAAAUUGCUACAAGUGUACUGAAUGCAGUGAUUACCAUCUAUGCCAUGGAUGUUUUCAAAGCUUUUGUCAUCCCUCACAUACUUUUGCUUUCCGAGAGAAAAGGAAUCAGAGAUGGAAAUCAUUUGAACCAAAAGUGCAUCUAUCAACAACAGAAGAAAACCUAAAAAUUAAUCCAGAUGGGAAGUUUAUAGAAGAAAAAAACAAGGAACAAUUCAGCUGCAUACCACAGCAGGUACUGAACUCAAUACCCAAUAUGGUGAUUAGGAAGGGCAACCCUUUACUAGAUCCAGGCUUACAGUGUAGAUUCUGUUUGAAGAUAUUCUGCCUUGGUCAAGUUACAAGGACCUUACCAUGUAAUCACAAGUUCCACAGAAAAUGCAUUGACCGUUGGUUGCAGAAAGAAAAUGCGUGUCCUAUUGAUGACCAUGUUGUAUAUAAUCCAUUAACUUGGGAGACGGCAACAAGCAAAGACAAAGUAAAUCAAUUAGGGUGUCAACCAAAGCACCUCCUUGCAAAGCAGCCUGGGUUGGAUCUUUUUAUGCCAGGCACUGGAUUGUCUAUCAAACAAAUAAAGCCUCACCAUGCCACGGAGGUACCUCAAAGUAGUUUUCAAGGAAAAUGUAACAAGAAAAAAAAUUCUGCAGAGACUGAGCAAAAUUUAACAUUGAAUGGUUUCAGUUAUCCUUGUACCAGAGAUGCUGGUUCUAGUUUGCUUAACACUCAAAAACCAAAACAUUUGAAAUUUUCUCGACAUGUAAAGGGUUUAGUCCUUAUUCCAAAGGCUCAUGCUGAUAAAUUUACCGAUAAAAUAGUUGGUACUGAUUUUAGAGUAAGCCCAAAUUGAAAGACAGAUUAAAAUUGUAACACUACAUAUUUUUAAAAGAAAAUAGAUUCUAUUGGGUAGUUAUUUGGAUGUACAAAGGAUCCAGAUGCUUUAGAUUUUUAUAUAAAUGUAAAAUUUAAUGUGAAAAUCAUUUUUACUUGGUUUGAUGUUCAGUAAAAGUUUUAUAUAAAAUAGUGUUUAUCAGCAUAAAAGAAGUCUCUCAAGGUUUUUUUGGCUCCAGUAAAUUCAACUUUUUAAGACUAAAUAUCUAAAUUACAUUUUUGAAUAUAUAAAAUGAUAAAUACCCAACCAUUUGACACUCAACUCUGCUUCUUAACUGAUUUAAACUCUAAAUUCAGCUUAAACUACACAUUUCUGUGGAAAUAUUUUUCUUGCUGCAUUUGGUAACUGUUUUAUUAUUUUAACCAACUAAUAUUGUUAAUUUAAAUUCUAAACCAAGUUUAUACUUAUUAGCAUCUUCAGUGUUUAUGUCUCUUAAGAGAUAAAGAGAUGGCUAAUAAAAACAUUUGCUCUUUCUUGCUGAUAGAAGUGGAAUCCCCUACAAAGAGAUAAAUUGCUCUUGUAAAUAGCAUUGGAAUAAAAAUGUUUUCUUUAAUCAUGAAUGGUAGCUCUAGUAUGAACCAGAAAAUAAAUGUAAUAGGAAAUAUUGCUUUUAUAAUAUGAACAAUAAAUAGCAAGUAUAGCAAAAUAUAGACCAAACAAUUUGGAUGUACAAUUUCAGUGGUCUACAAAUUGGAACAAAUGUUUUACAAAACUGCCACCCAUAUUAAUGUAUUAAAGUUGAAUUGUGUAAAAGUCCGAAGUAUUAUCCUGUUACUUCUUUCAGUUUGUUAAUAAAGAGCUGUACAUAUUUCUGAAUUGCUCAAGUGCUGUCAUCACUAAAUUUAGUAUUUGCGAUGGUUUUUUAAAAAAACUCAGAAUAUGGAUGAAAAUAAGAAUGUUGGAUUUGAAGUGAUGCGCUAUAAUCCAUGCAUGUUUAAGAACCAUAUGCUAUAUUCAAAGAGAUAUUUUCUUUUAUGGAGAAGAGAAAACAACAUAUACAUUCAGGGUGUACAUACAGUCAGAAUUGCAAAGUCACCAUGAUCAUUGAACAAUGAUAGAAUGUGGAAUAAAAUAAUGGGAAUACUUGAACCAGGCAUUCAUAUAUGCCACUUCAUGUCCUCUAACCAAGAUUAUAAUUAAUACUAGAACAUCCAUAUAGAUCAACAAUGACUACAUUUCCAACUCUCAAUAUAAUGGGUUCACCAUGCAUGGCUGUCAAGCCUAUCACAAACCUUUAAACUUAGAUUCAUUAUUUCCAAGCUCAUCAUUCUGAAGCAGCAGCACCUCCAAGCACUUCUAAUGUUCCUAACUCACUUCUUGAAACUGGCAUCUAUUUCUACAAACUGUUCCUUUCAAGAGUCCCUGAUACUACUUGUGUAGCCAUACAGUGAAUGGCUGUAACACAUUCUCCAUGAGAUGCAACAAUCAAUUUGUUUUUUUAAAUAAUCAAGUAUCACAAAGUUAUUGGUAAGAUUUUUUAAAAUUAAACUUAGCAGUGUCUUAUAAAUUAUAAGAUAUAGACAAUCCAUUGGCACUGCAGUAGUUGCACAGACAUGAACAGCUACUCCUGGCAGAAAAAUGUAAAAAUGAAAUGAAAAGGAUCAGCAUUAAUAAACCAUAAAACAAAUUUAAAAUAUGCUGUGAAAAAAGGAGUCCUUAUUCUCAUUAUUUAUAACAUAAAUCUAGUAAGGAAGGUCUAAUAUUUUGGCAAGAGCUGGGCUCCAAUUUCUUCAGUGGAUUAGAUUAUCAACCUUUACAUGAUUCAAUGACUAGUCUUAAUUAGUACUGGGAGCUCUGCAUUUCUUUCCUUUAACACAAAGCACUACAGCAAUAUGAAAGUGGCGCAGCAUACAUGAGAAAGUAUCAAGCUAGUUUCUUAAAUAGCAACAAUGGAAAAUGGGCUGUCUGUUUUGCUGGUAGCUAAAGAUAAUAACUACACCGAAUGAUAGUGUGAGAGGGGCAAAUUUCAGGCCUCUACUUGGCAAGAUGAACAGGUAUGCAGCAAGGCUAAGUUAAAUGAUUUCAUAAUCUUAAUGGGCAAUUUUGUAAAUUCAGAGUCUACAUUUAUCUAAACUUCGUAUAUCACAUGGGGUUGGAAUUGCUGAAUAUUCAGCAGUUCCUCUAUUAGAGAAUAUGUCACCUUUUAAUAAUAGAUGUCAUAAAGGACUAAUUUCAGUGAUGAGUGUUUACAUGUCUAUUUCAGAUUCUGUUCCAGCCAUUGCUGCUCACAAAAUUAGAUUUUCAAUACAAACUAUACUCUUUAAGACUGUAAGCAUAUGUAUAUUUACUUAUUUAGCAGGAAAUUCCAUUGAACUAUAAAGAACUUCCUUCUGAAUAAGCAUGCAUAUACAGUAAAAUUGAACUGGUAUGACAUAGAAAUACAUUUUUAAAAAACCACAAAGAUUCUAUAUACUGAAGAAUUACACACCAGUAUAUUUUAAAGUUAAAAGAACCGUGUAUCUCAAUUGGGAAAUGUACAAUUAUUUGACAAUUCUUUUUGUUAUUUUCAAAAUUAGCUUAAAUGUCAGCCAAUACAACUAAUUGAUACAAAAUGCUAAACAAUGAAUUAUUUCAGAAAUAUUGAUUAGGCAUUAAGAGGAAUAAUACCAUCAAAAGUUUUACUAGGUAUAAUUCUAUCACUGCUGUUAAAAUAUAAAAUGUCAAAAAACAUUUUUUGUUUGAAAACUAUUUAAUAUUCCAAAAUGCUUAAAAUGUCUGGUGCUAUUUUAGUGCAUGUGUCACAUAUGAAGGGAAAAGCACUUAUUUUCUGAAAGUGGCUUUCAAAAAUAUUUUAAUAUACAUUAUAUUUAAGUUAUUAAUAUAUCUCCCACAUACCCAGAGAGGCAUUUGUGCUUACAUUAAUUUGAAAUUUUCUUAGUCUUAUCCUUUCACGCACACUCUGGUAAGAACCAAUGUUGUAGUGAACAGUUAGAGGUAAACAUUUUUCUGGUCAAAAUAAAAUGUUAACAUGUUAUGAUAUUUAUGUAGUUACUUAGCAAGCACAUCUAAAUUAUAUUAAAGUAAUCAAAAUAUCUUUACAAUACCCAAGGCAUGUCACAACAUUACCUCUAAUGUUUGGAAAUUGAAAGUUGAAAAAUUUGACAUACCCUACCUACCACCAAGCUGCAAAUGAGAGAGUAAAAUUUUUGAAUGUAAAACAUAAAUUGUAUUUUUUAAAAAGCCUUUGGAUAUACUACCACUGUAGGAUUCAGUGCAAGAACAGGAUAACAAAUGAGUUUAUCAUCUCUAUGCAGCCAAUUGGUAUUGGCUCCAUUUAUUUCCAACCUGAAGGAAAUGUCCAUCUUGUCUCAGAUAUGUUCUGUAAGGACAUAUUAUUUUCAUUAAAAAAAUCCACUACUCCAGAUUGUGGUAUGCUUAUUACACUUGUCUAGUAAAAGUAACCCAAACCCUCAGGGAAUCUGUUUAUCUCUUUUCCAUCACUUUGUACAAAAUGACCUGCAAAUAAGUAGAAAUUUGAAUCUUGUAAGUUGAGACAAACCAACUAGAAUAUUUUACUCAAAAUCCAUUAUUUCUGUGCCUUUAAAAGUUCCAUUUUUUCCUCACAUUUUUUUAGGAAAAGCAAACCCAAAACGUAGGUAGUUGUGCAGUUCCACACUAUAACCUUUCAAUAAAAGUUAUGUCUUUCAGAACUACUACAUUUUUGUUCCGACAAAUCUUUGAUUUUGAUUAAAUGUUACUAUCUUUCCAAAUUUUCUAUUUAUUUCAAUAUAAAUGAGACAAAUGAGUUCUGAACUGAAAAAGUAGAGUGGUUAACACUUCAACCAUGAUUUCAGAGGCUACAGCCUUACUGCAAUAGAAAUAAGCCAGUCCUCAAAUGAUUAUGAGAUGA